GCAAAUCUAUAUAUUCCAAUAUGUAACAUUGAUAAGCCGUAGUUGGUUUAUCUGCAACGUGACCACAAUGAAGACGGUGUGUGCCUUGCUGUGUCUAUUAGCCGUGACUGUGUCGGCGUCCGACUACUGUCUAGAGCACGCCCCGGAUGGAGCUGUGAAUGGUUGUAGCGUUCCUCCUCUAGUUCAUUUCAACUACGAGACCCAGUUUACGCCUUCGUGUAACAAACACGACAUAUGCUACCAUUGUGGUUACCAUUAUGGAAUAACAAGAACCGACUGUGACCACAAGUUCCUGCACAACAUGCUUGCUUCCUGUAUUUCUAAGAAGAGGCUUUUAAACUGUCAGCACUCGGCCGACGCCUUUUUCGCUGCCGUUCGCACGGCCGGAGGACUAUUUUACCGUACUGAUACGCCACACUACUGCAACGAAGCAUGGGUUAGACAUUGUCUCGCGUAAACCGCGAUAUAGAAGAGGAGAACCCAGUAGAAAUUCAGAUAGAAAAAACAUUUCAUGCAGGAAUAAAUUAAUAUAAAAGAA